AGGGAAGGAGACCAGAAUCCCCCGUCGUCGCGCACGCGCAGAGGAGCUCCGCGUCCGCAUCGGCCACCACCCGCCCGCCCGCGCCGGCCGCCGGCGGCGUGGAUGGGGAAGCUCGCCGCCCUGAAGCGGGAAGCGGUCAGGGUGGACUAGGCGCUCGGUGACUUGUUGCUAGUUUAGGAGCGGUAGGUGGGUGGAGGCGAUGCGGGGCGGGGCGAUGAAGGCCCUGCGGCGAUCCAGCACCUCCUCGGCGCCGUCGCCGAGGGUGCCGUCUUCCCCGCGGUCGUAUUCGUGGAUCCACCGCAGGUCGCUCCCCGUUACCUCGUCGGCCUUGCCGGCGACGUCCUCUUUGUCUACAUCGGCGAAUUCGGCCGCGGAGGCUUCGGAUUCAGCGCCAGCGUCAGUGGUGGCAGCUUCCUCGUCGCCCUCGCUGGCUCCUUCGUCGCCGAACAUGGACCGGGGUGGAAUUAAAUCCCCAUGGUCUCGAAGAAAAAGGAAACGAGCGCUUACUUGUCAACACUGGAAUCGUCUAUUUUCAGCAAACGGGAAGCUUCGUGAUGGGGGAAGGAAGUUUCUAAAGAAGGUUCGCAGUGGGGGGAUUGAACCGGGCAUAAGGGCUGAAGUAUGGCCAUUUCUGCUUGGAGUCUAUCAUUUGAACAGCUCUGAAGAAGACAGGAAUACUAUCAAGAUAAAGAAAAGGAAAGAAUAUGAAAAACUGAGGCGACAGUGCCACUGUGUUCUGCAUUGUAAUAGAGGAAAUGGCCUGAAUGUUAUAAAUGAGUUCGUGAAUGAGGACUUUUCUGAUGGGGCUGAAGGUUCAGAGUCACCAUAUUCAAAUGGUGUUAGUAGGAGGGCUUGUGUGAUGCCCAAAGAAUUGAAAUCUUUAGGCAGUAAGGCAGAAGAAUCAGAGAGUUCUAACUGGGAUGCUGUGGAAUGCAUAGAUGAAGAUACAAGUGAGUUAACUUCUGUCGAUCCAUGUAUGGUAGAAUCAGAAUCUUCUGAAUCUGAGUCUUCCUAUGAAGAGGACCCUGAUAGAACACCCGUCUCUAUCAAUAUGGAAGAGAACUGUGACCCUAAACCAAAAUUUGUCCGGACUGCUUCAUCUAAGUCAGACAUUUUUAUUUCAGACAGAACUCCCGAGGAUUUUGCCACAUGGAAGCGCAUUAUACGUGUCGAUGCUAUUCGGGCAAAUGCAGAAUGGGUUCUAUUUGCUCGUAACCAGGCUGAAGUCUCUAAAGAGAAAGCACUGCAGUCUGCAAUAUCUGUUGGGUUGAAAGAUUUUGACCAUUUGGAGCCUUACAUGAUUUAUCAUGCUGCACGAUUAGUUGCACUGCUUGAGGCAUAUGCACUCUAUGAUCCAGAGAUCGGGUACUGCCAAGGAAUGAGUGAUCUCUUGUCACCAAUAAUUGCAGUCAUGGAGGAAGAUCAUGAAGCAUUUUGGUGUUUUGUGGGUUUCAUGAGGAAAGCCAGACACAACUUUAGGCUUGACGAGGUUGGAAUAAGAAGGCAGCUGAAAACCGUCUCACAGAUAAUCAAGCGCAAGGAUUCACACCUCUAUAGGCACCUGCAGAAACUUCAGGCCGAAGACUGUUUCUUUCUGUACAGAAUGGUGGUGGUUCUCUUCAGGAGGGAGCUCACUUUUGAGCAGACUAUGUGUCUGUGGGAGGUUAUGUGGGCUGACCAGGCCGCAAUUCGAGCUGGGAUUGGAAGGUCCACUUGGGCAAGGAUAAGGCUUCAUGCUCCGCCAACAGACGACUUGCUGCUCUAUGCUAUUGCAGCCUGUGUCUUGCAGAGGAGGAAGCUGAUAAUCGAAAAAUACAGCAGCAUGGAUGAAAUACUGCGGGAGUGUAAUAGCAUGGCCGGGCAGCUGGAUGUCUGGAAGCUCCUAGAUGAUGCACACCACUUGGUUGUUGACCUUCAUGACAAAAUCUGAUGCAACGGCCUUCCUCAGUUAUGUUCGGUAGAGUAUGCAGACAUGAACCCUUUUCCGAGGUGUAUUUAGUAAUAUGUUAUGUACUGUUCACCACCCGGAAUAAAAACCCUUUCUUGGGUAUAUGUGUAGAGAACCUUGUAGCUUCAAGUGAGGACGAAGUUGUCUUCACUUUGGUUAAGCUGAUAAACCAUUGGAUAUCACAGUGGUUUUUAUGCAAGCCAUCCAUAGUCAAACUUGAUGGAAAAUUUUGUUUUUGCUUCUAAUGUCUGUCCUUGGCAGAAACAACAUUUUCCAUGAAGUCUUUUAUAGGAAAAGUUAAGUUCCCAGAUUUUGGGUGUAAUGUGGAGUAAUAAUGAAAUCAAAGUCUUUACUGUCAUUUCACA